UAAACGCUGGUUUGUCAGGAAAACGUUACCACGUGUGAUGUCAUCUCGAAGCGCCUAGUGCUCAGAGGUUAGGAUUCUGCUCGGACGCCAUUUAGUCUAGUUUUCGGUUGUUUUUUUGUGUUUUAGUGGAAAAGGAGGACGCGAUGGCGGUGGAAUCCAGAGUUACGCAAGAGGAAAUCAAGAAAGAACCAGAGAAGCCGGUUGAUAGGGAAAAGACAUGUCCGCUGCUUCUCAGAGUUUUCACUACUAAUAACGGGAGACACCAUCGAAUGGACGAGUUUUCCCGAGGGAAUGUGCCGUCGAGCGAGCUUCAGAUUUACACUUGGAUGGAUGCCACCCUUAAAGAACUUACCAGCCUAGUGAAAGAAGUUUAUCCUGAGGCUAGAAAGAAAGGGACACAUUUUGCCUUUGCCAUUGUAUACCCAGACCCAAAACGGCAGGUGUACAGAGUUAAGGAGAUCGGAAACACUGUGUCGGGUCGGAAGGGAGCAGAUGACUCCAUGACUUUGCAGUCUCAGCGCUUUCAGAUUGGGGAUUACCUGGACAUAGCCAUCACACCCCCAAACCGUGCGCCUCCAAUACAAGGGCGCAUGAGACCAUACUGAUCUUCUGCUGACAGUUCAGUUUAUCUUUUUUUUUUUUUUUUUGCAUAAUUUUCUUUGAUAUUUGUUUCCUAUUAGUUAGUACCAGAUUUAAUCAGAAUUUUAAGGCUGUUACUACCUUCAUUUACCACAGUGUACAUGGUGUUUUGCUGAAUAAAUCGUUUUUUUUCAUACAAAACAUUGUUUGCUUGUUGAAAUCUGGAAUAGAUUAUAUUGCGUAAAAACAUUGGUUUCGUUUGUCCACCUUUUUUUUCCAGCUAAAAAGCUUUUAAAUAUAUUCAGUUAUUCCAAGUAAAGGAACAUUGGGAGCAUUGAUUAGGUGAAUUUUUUGGAUUGUGGUGCAUUGUGGGAUUUUUUAAAUAAUUUUUUUUAAUGGAAUCAAUGUUCCACUGUACUAGAGGGAUUUUCUGAUUUAUAAAGAGACCCCUUAAAAUAGCAGCUGAUUGAGACACAUCCAUGUUAUUUGGUUUUAACCAUUAGUGAACAUGGCACAAUUUUUCAGAUUGCUUCAGUAUUCAUCGGUGUCAGCCACAAACUAUAUAAUCUUAUGGAACACUUAUGGAUCACAGACAUCCCUCUGAGCACAACACCAGCUUUCUGACAGCAAUACAUCAUUUCACCAAGGCUUGUUUUUCCAGAUAACAGUAAAGAGAGGGUGAAAUUUUGUGCCUGUAAACUGUGGCAAACCUUUUCACAUUUGGAGUCACACCAGAUGAUCUGAGAUGGCACCACAGCUCUUUUGAACAUUCCUUCUAUAAGCUGACCCCUUUUUGUUUUUGCUUAAUGCAUUUAUAGGUCUGUAUGUAACCAAGCAAUAUUACACUUUAGACUUUUUUUUACAAAACUAAAAUAUCAAACAUUAUGGACCAAACCUUAGAAUAAAAAUGUACCAGUUUUUACCA